ACUGAGAGAAGUGGCAGCGUGGUACAGACACCGGGCUAGCUAGCUGAGCUCCACAGUGCGUGCAUUCAUGGCGCUUCGUGCAAGGACGCGGCUCCUGCUCGCGGCUCUCGCCGGCGCCGUGGCCCUCCUGCUGCCGGGCGGCGCCGUCGAGGCCCGCGUCCUGCUCUCGCUCGACGACUUCGGCGCCGUCGGGGACGGCAUUGCCAACGACACUCAGGCAUUCGUGGACGCGUGGAAGUCGGCGUGCGCCACCGGCGGAACCACCUACCUCAACGUCCCCGCCGGCAGGUCCUACCAGAUCUGGCCCGUCACGCUCGCCGGCCCCUGCCGCGGCGAGAUCAAGCUCUUGAUUUCCGGGAACAUCAUCGCGCCGGAGGACCCGGAGGAGUGGUGGGACGGUGACCAGGGCAGGUGGCUCCACUUCCGGGGCGUGGGCGACCUGUCCCUGAGCGGCGGUGGCAUCGUCGACGGCCGGGGCCAGCAAUGGUGGGCGGGGUCGUGCGAGGACGAGAACUGCACCACGUACCGCCCAUACGAUGUCGCCCCCAUGGCGCUCCACUUCGAGGGCUGCCGGGACGUGAGCGUGAAGGGCAUCACGGUGCAGAACGGCCAGCGGCAGCACCUGGUCUUCACCCGCUGCCACGACGUCGAGGCCAACUAUCUCAGGGUGACCUCGCCGGAGUACAGCCCCGGCACCGUCGGCGUCCUCGUCGUCAGCUCCACCGACGUGCACAUCAAGCACGAUCUCUUCUCCGUAGGUGGCGACUGCGUGUCGAUCGUGGGCAACUCCUCGGAUAUCCGCGUGAAAGCCGUCUCAUGCGGACCUGGCCUCGGCAUCAGCAUUGGAGGCUUGGGCGAGAACCAAAGUAAUGACAGGAUACACAAGAUCAAGAUGGACACUAUGCUCCUCUCCAACACCAAGAACGGCGUACGCAUCAAGACCUACAAGAACGGCUGCGGCUUCGCGCGCAAGGUGAAGUUCGCGCACAUCAUGAUGAGGAACGUGGCCAACCCUAUCGUCAUCGACCAGCACUACUACUCCGCCUCCAACUCCAACCGGGGAACUCCCUGCGGAACCCCGAACGUGAGCGCGGUGGCGGUGGAGAAGAUCAAGUACAUAGACAUCACCGGCACUUCGGCAACGGAGCGGGCGGUCACGUUCGCGUGCAGCGACGCCAUGCCGUGCAGGCGCCUGUAUCUGGACGGGGUGAACCUGAAGACGGCCGGCGGGGGGAGCACGUCCGCCUACUGCCACCAGGCGUUCGGGAAGCACGUCGGCGACGUCCUCCCGGAGUCGUGCCUCAUCAAGGAGAAGGAGGACAAAUUUAUCCAGCUGCAUGCCCCGACCGCCGGCACGCCGCAAGGAGACACCGAAGACGAAGAAGAUGAUGAUUUGUGAAGCUUCCAAGAAUUUUGCCGCGCGUGGAACUGUAUGUGAUCUUGUAGCAACACAAGAAGGACGAGUUUUGUCCGUAAGUCUAGAGUUAUUGGCCAUGCUGACGACGAAUUGUUGUACCACCUUGAUAUAACAAUUGAAU